CUCGUUUAUAACUUCUGCUACAAAUUUCAUAAAGGUGCACUUUGAAAUGAUAGCUACGGGACGAAAAUAUAUUCAAUGACUGGAUUAUGGAUGUUUUAGACUUUUUAUUUUUGUUUUUCAGAUAAAAGUUUUGGUCGCUUGUAGUACCUUUUUUCCUGGGUAUGAGACGGUGAAUGGACUGUAAUCCCUGAGCUCGGCUGUUGCAAAGCUUUACGCUUCAUGUUAUGCGAACAAUUCGUUGCGGUUCUGAAAGAACAGCUCCCGAAAUCUUGCUAACACUUCGUGUUACGUUUCCUCCAGAAAUUCACGAGUUGUGUAAAUCGAAGCAUGUGUUCAUUGAUGCAACCUGUGUCCAAGCACAGAGAGAGGCGUUUUUUUAAUGAAUACUUGCAAAUGGAAAAUUGGCUUGUUUACUGCUAUAUAUGAAAGAAUCAGUCCAAUACGUAAGAACUUUUAUUGUGAAAAAAUUGUCAGAAAAACAUGAAAAAGUCCGGAAGAGAGAGCACGCAAAAUAUUACUGUACACUGCGAACGGGCUGCUAAGCCAUUGUAUUUCAUAAUCAGUCCUGUUACACGAUAUGCUAUUGAUCGUCAUUCUAAAGGUGGUGAGCGUAACUGUGGAGUGCAUGAGCUCAUCUGUAUCCGAAAAGUGUCUCCUGAAGCUCUUGGGUUCCUGACUGCCAUUGGACUCUUCAUUGUCCUGAUGAUUCUCCUGUUUUUAUACCUCAACAACAAGCUGUCACUGGAGAAUGCCGGAGACCUGACGUGUCUAGAUGAGUACAGGAAGAGCAAGGAUCUGCAAGAGAAGAGCUACGCGGACGGGGACCCCCAGGGCUCCUCCUCUGACAGCGAGGACGAGGUGAUGGGGAAGUACCAGGAGGCGGUGUCGCGGUCCCAGGGCCUCCGGGGGGGGGGCGACCCCCGCCACCAGAGGGGCUUCGGCUGGGAGACCCGGCAGAAGUACAGCCCCCUGUCCGCCGAGUACGACGGCUACAGCAGCGAGGUCUCCACGGAGGAAGUGAACUGCAUCCAGAGGAUGAGGCGGACCCCCCCGCUGGACGAGCUGCAGCCGCCCCCCUACCAGGACGAGGACGGGUCCCCGCGCAUGUCCUGCACCCCCUCGGACCUGGGCGACGCCAAGUGCGAGCUGUCCCGCUGCAGCGACAGCCCCCGCCACUCCUACGGCAAGAGCCCCAGCGAGACCAGCGGGGGGCAGGAGACCGAGAGCUACCUCAACAAGGGCUACGAGGAGGACGUGCCCAGCGACAGCACCGCCGUGCUCAGCCCCGAGGACAUGUCGGCCCGUGGAUCGGCGGGCCAGCUCCCCAAGGGGUACGAGCCGGAGCCGGUGGCCAAGUACGGCACGCUGGACGUGGUGUUCGACUACGACUCGGACGAGCAGCGCCUGGCGGUGACGGUGACGGCGGUGACGGACAUCCCCGCGCCCAAGCGCACAGGCAGCGUCUCCUGGCAGGUGCACCUGGUGCUGCUGCCCACCAAGAAGCAGCGGGCCAAGACGGGCGUCCAGAAGGGCCCGUGCCCCGUCUUCACCGAGACCUUCAAGUUCGGCCACGUCGAGCCCGAGAUGAUCGGCAACCACGCCGUGCGCUUCCGCCUCUACAGCGUGCGGCGCAUGAAGAAGGAGAAGGUGCUGGGCGAGAAGGUCUUCUACCUCACCAAGCUCAACCUGCAGGGCAGGAUGUCCGUGCCCGUCACCUUGGAGCCCUGCUGCACGCUGCCGGGCUGUGAGUCCCAGGCGAGCGUCUCCGAGACGACGUGCAGCGAGACGGCCUCGUCCUUCCAGUCCGCGGGGCAGGGCUCCACGCCCGAGAUCCUGGUGGGCCUGGUGUACAACGCCACCACGGGCCGGCUCUCCGUGGAGGUCAUCAAGGGCAGCCAUUUUAAAAACCUGGCCGCCAACAAACCACCCAAUGGGCUGUUCUGUUGUCUAAAACACUUGAUAGGUGGACAGGUGUAUAUAAUCAGAGACACCUAUGUUAAGCUGACCCUGUUGAACUCUAUGGGCCAGGAGAUGUCCAAGUGCAAGACGUCCAUCUGCCGGGGCCAGCCCAACCCCACCUACAAGGAGACCUUCGUGUUCCAGGUGGCGCUGUUCCAGCUGUCGGACGUGACGCUCAUCCUCUCCGUCUACAACAAGCGCAGCAUGAAGCGCAAGGAGAUGAUUGGCUGGAUCUCGCUGGGCCUCAACAGCUCGGGCGAGGAGGAGCUCUCGCACUGGACCCUGAUGAAGGAGUCCAAGGGCCAGCAGGUGUGCCGCUGGCACAGCCUGCUGGAGACCUAGGGGGAAGAGGAGGAGGAAGAGGAUGAUGAGCAGGCGGGGGGGGAGGAGGAGGAGGAAGGAAGGGAGGGAGGCAGCAGAAAUGGAAGCUUCUGGAAAACGCUGAACUGUCCUCCAGUGGAACUGGAGAAGCGUUUCGGGGUGGGGGGUGGGGGUGGGGUGCAGUGCCGGUGUAGGCCCAAGGUGGGUGUGGCCUGGAGGUUAGAAUAAUGCCAGCCUGUGGAAUUUAAGAAAAGGCCUGACCUGCCAGAGUCUGUUUCUCAAACGGGACACUGAAGAGGUUGAGGACUGGGCUGAAAGGGGGAAAGGCGUCCUGCUCGCUCCUGGUGACCGGUGGGGCUCCCCGAGGCAGGGGGUGUUUUUUGGGGAUGUUUUGUGCUCUACCCCUCCUACAGCCAUUAAGCUCGUCCACCGAAGGAUCACUAGCACAACAUGCACAGGUACAAGGGCACGAGGAACAAACAGGUUCAUCUAAACACCGCACACAGCCAGCUCCCCUGUCAUAUUCUAUAUGAAUCAAUAGCCAAGGGUAUGAGAGCCUCUCACACGGUGAUUUUACAGCCCUUUAAAUGAAAUGGAAGGGGCAGUGCUCCGUGAUCAUGCUAGAACCUUACGACAGGGCUGCCCAACCCUGUGCCAGGAGAUGUACGGUCCUAUAGGUUUUCACCCCAGCCUCAACAAGGCACAUCUCACUCAGCAGCUAGAGCAGGGCUGUCCAGCCCUGUUCCUGGAGAUCUGCUGUCCUGUAGGUUUACACUCCAACCCUAACAAGGCCCAUCUCACUCAGCAGCUAGAGCAGAGCUGUCCAGCCCUGUUCCUGGAGAUCUGCCGUCCUGUAGGUUUACACUCCAACCCUAACAAGGCCCAUCUCGCCCAACAGCUAGAGCAGAGCUGUCCAGCCCUGUUCCUGGAGAUCUACCCUUUCCUGUAGGUUUUCACUCCAACUCUAACAAGGCACAUCUCACCCAACAGCUACUGCAGAGCAGUGUUUCUCAACUCUAUUCCUGGAGAUCUACCGUCCUGUAGGUUUUCACUCCAACCCUAACACGGCGCAUCUCGUUGGAAAGCUAGGGAUCUCACUGAGCUGCUAAUUAGCAGAAUCCGGUGUGACAAUGGGAGGCGCAUGGGAUUUGUUUCGAAAGUGAAGGAGAAAAAGAUUGAGUGCAGCUCAGAGACCGUAGACUGCCACCGUGGUGAUCGUGCAUGUAAGGCUGAGGCUGAGUACGUGAUACCAGUGCCUAUUAACUUUAGACAUCAAGAGUAUGCUAAUUGUUUUUCUUUUUUUGGCUUUCACAUCAUUCGAAGUAGUUCAGGUGUGCGUCCACACCUGUCACCUGUAGUUUAACGCAAGUGCAUGUACGCACAUGUUGUAAUGAACACUUGGUAUCGGCCUAAAAAAAACCCUUUUAAAACAACAGGGUAAAUCGGUUUACAUUUGGGGUAAGAAAGCAUUCCAGUAAACUCCACCGUGGUUUCCAUUAUGGGGUGGAAGUGGAAAUUAAGCUUUUCAUUUUCUUAUUGGACUUCUUGUUAUACAAAUGAGAGUGCACAUUGUACACAUUGUGGCGAAGUUAUCUCAUGAUUUUUUUUCCCCCGUUUUGUUUUUCCAAUAAUAUUGAUUCCACACAAUGGCAUGUAGCUGAAAGUCUGUCUUUCGCAGAAUUUUAAAGUCCACUUCUAUCAAGCUAUCCACCCAAUGCUAUUUUGUCAUUCCUAUGGAGAUACAAGUCAUCUUUGAUUAAUUGUUUGGAUGAUAGGCCUUUGAAGUCGAAAGGAAAUGGGGAGAAAUGUAGCCUCAGCUGAUGGGAGAGAAGGAAGGCUCCAUAAACCAGUAAUGAUUCAGCACAAUUCCCCUUGAGAGAUCUUACCAAUGCCAUGAGUAAAAGUAAGCGCAGUUCACCAGAGGUCCCACACAGAGGGGCAACUAAAAGAAGGAAAUAAAUGAAAUUUAUAGUAACAGAUAAUGUUGGUCACUCCUGGGUAAACUUAGCAGUCGCUAAGGUGGAACAUCUCUGGGGUUGUGAGAAACUAUAAACACAAUGUUGGUGGUUUUAAUUCUUAUUGCUUGAUGGUAUUUUCAUUACGACUAUUGGUUGGUUUUUCUCUCCCGAGUUUGAUAUUGAUCUGUUUUCUGGAUAUAAUUUUCAGGGGUAUUGGUUGCGUUUCUCAUGCAGCGGUGCGCAGUUAGCAUACGUUAGGCCAUCUCUGAAGACCCUUUUUUGGCCGUCUGCUCCUCCUGUAGAACUCUGCGAGGCGAAUUUCAGGUAGGCAGGAGAGCGUAGCGUUGCGAGCUCGUUAGCUUCUCUGGAAAAGACUGUUUGCCCCGCAUAUAACGUACUGUAAUCGUACUGAUACAACUUUAUGGCACUCUUUGAAUUAUCCCUGGAAAGCUCCUUACCAUGGUAUUUUCAAACUGCACUAAUUAUUAUUAUUUAUUUAUUUGAUUAUUAUUAUUAUAUUAUGACAACCAAGAGGCAGUAUGCUGUAUGGGUUUUAAUGUACUCUGUGGGAAACCUUGGCUUUGUAAACAGUAGAACUGAAGUGAAUGUUAAAAUUAUGCUUUCACUACGUCCUCAGGCUAGGUCAGUACCUGGCCAAUCAGACGCUCUGUCAUCAGCUCGGCUGAAUGCUGUUUAAUAUGAUAAGGGUUCCUUCUCUUGUGUCUGACUAUGUGAGCAUCGACAGUACGGUUGAAGAGGUGGCAGUUUGCCCAGCACCUUCAACACAGGCUAAUUCCACUCCGGCUGUGUGCGUCUUCUGCUGCUCUUCUGUCUGACGUGUACAAGGUUGGUGUUCCAGCAUCCUACAUAGGUGGCCUCAAGGUGGCAGUAAUGAGCACUCAAGGCCCCUGCCCAUUUCUAAACUCCCCUGAAGGCUGUGGAUAUUUACCAUGAGCCUGUCCUGACUGCUACAGUAGAGCUCAGUGCUGUUCUGGGGGCCUAAUUUAGGAGGCUCUUAUCACUGCCUUUAGUGUGUAAUACUCUAGUGAGUGAUUUGGCGGGAACUGUUUCAGCUGGGAGGGGUUGGAUGGCAGCGGUACUCUUGGCUGUGGGCUGCAUCACCGAAUCCUCUCUCACUUGCCUUAUAGAGGGGCGUGGCCUGUGCACAAAGGGGGGCGGGGCUUCCUGUGCUUAUCAUGGGCGGAGCUUAGGCUCAGAUCCUAUCUGGAGCUGUAGGGGGGGGAAUCAAGAGUUUUCUCUGGAGCCGAGGGGGUCCACACAUGCACACACACAUACACUGUACCUCCAGGCUCACACACGUACUGUUCCUUGCGUCCACACGUUCACAAACACACACACACACAUACACACACGUGAAAAGCACACAGCUACAGAGGUUAUACACUGAGGUGAAGAGAAUGCAAAGUGAUGUGCUAUCUGGCUGUUUUAACUAGCGGCUAAUUUUAAGGAGCAGUUUCUUCUGAACUGGGGGCGGGGACAGGCAUGCCCAGGCAGGAACGAACCCAGCCCAUCCUAUUGCAGAAGGCUUUCGGCCAAUCAGGCGAAAGCUGUGGCCCGGUGCUGAUUGCGGGCCCACUGGGCUCAGAACCGCCACAGGAAGUGCUCUGUGCGUGUGUGAGCUGCGACCAGUACCAUAGAUAUCCGUCUGGCUUUGGAGCCAUAGCUGACCAAUGUGCUUUAUACAGCCAAGGCUGACUGUGCUCGCUGAAAUGGUGGACUAACAGGAAAUAACAGGAAAACCAUCGGCAGUCUUGAGCAAAGUGGUCUCAUUGGCUGAGCCUGUCAUAACAAGGUUAAAACAUGGCUUGCCUAUUGGCCACAAAGGCAAGUUUGUCGUAUGGACAGUACCAUUGUACAAAAAUUGAGGGGUGGCAUGUGAGUUUUAUAGGUAGCUACAGGUAGCUUCCUGUGAGACAGGAAGGGGCGGAGCCCUAUUGCUCACUUAGGGUAACUGGUUUCUCAAUCUCUUUGCGAUCUCCUUCAAUUCUAAUGUAUUUCGAUCAAGAUACUUCUAACCUAUUGAUUGUUGCAUACUGUAUACUUUAUAUAGAUUUUUUCCUAUCUAUUUUUAUAUUAAAGAGAACAUUGAGACAAGAUGGUGUCUGGUAUAAGUUAAAAGCUCUGUGAGCAAUAUGAUUUUGGAGGUACGUACUUUUAAUCAGUUGGGUUUCUUCUUCCUUUGUUAAUUAAUCGAUUGUGUCAUUUUCUCACAAAAAACUGAAGGCCGGUUUUGCUCAGAAAGCCAUCAGUUGGUGAGAUGGUUUGAGGUUUUCAGGAUGCAUAAGUUUCAUGAUAUCUAAGCUACCAUUGAUGACCACUGUAGUCUCUGAGAUCCAAUCAGAUUGAAGUCUUCGAUUUAAGUCUUGAGUUCCAAGAGUUACAGGACGAGACGGAUCAUGUUGAUCAAACUAACAUGUAGCUCGUUGUUAUGGAAACGGUCAUUCAUUAGCCAUUGGCUGUGAUUGCUCGGCAAGUUUUUGAGACGUCCACUCUCCUCUCACCUGCUGCUGGAGUUCUGGUCUGAACUGGGCCUAACAGACCAACAAAAAGUUUUUACAGUGAUCUCCGCUCGCUUCUGUGGUCAUGUUUUACUUUUCAGAUGCAGUCUAAAUGGGGAAUAACAAAAAAGAAGAAAUAUAAAUAUGUACAAAAUGGGGGUUUAAAAAAUGUAUGGGAAAAACAUUGUUCCUUAAGUGUGAUAUUGUUUCUCGACUGUGCUGAUGUCAGCGGUGGUAUUGAUUAUGAACUGUCUCUGGUCUCAUACUAUCCCCAUUGAAGAUGUAUUUUAAAAAAACAAGAAAAACUCAAAAAAGAGAAAAGAAAAUCUCACUCAGCCUUGUGAACUGGUACGCUUUGUAAGGACAAAAGCACAUCUUUACAGCACAACAGUGAUGAAACACACCUUGUGAAAGGCAGCAGACAAGGAACGUCCCCCAAAUGCACGUUUCACGUGUCCACCUCUCGCACACUCUCUCUCGCACGCCCAUCUCUUACACAACCACUUUCACAUGAACAUCUCUCACGGGGACCUCUAAACUAAGCGUAAGAGCAAAAUCGUUCCUCGUCUUAAACCGAUCAAGGCUGCAUCGUUUUCACAUCGUACUCAAGACUGCGGGAUCAGGACCUUUCUUUGCUCUGAAUUUUGAGAACUUUUUUUUUUCCUUAAACCUGAGAGACUGAGAACAUGUGGCGAACAAGGCUUUUCGCUGCCGACGGUUGGCUGCGAUUCGCGUGUGACCUAAUCGCGCAUUCGGCCAAUCGUCUCGUCCGAAUGUGUGAUCCUGGUGCUAAUUAGAGUCUGUUAAAUACAGACAGGGAGGAGCAGGAAAAAUGCUCUUGUUUCUCAAUGAGGAAAUACAGGUCUGGAGAGAGGUCUCCUAAGGAUACUAAUAUAUUGUGUCUGAUUGGGUUUCAUGCCUCUCCUUCAGUCUUUUACCUAGUAAAAUGCUUUGCCUUACUCUACUGAUAGACUGAUAGAGCAAUGGGCUUUUUUGUAUAAAUCACAUAAGUAUAUACAGAAAAGCUUUUUUUGUUAUCUUUCUUAUAAAAAUACGUUAAGUAUUCCCUUCUGUGACCAGUAGAUCUGAGCUGAAAUUCUGCUCACCUACAAUAUGCCUUUUAAACUUCUCAGCAUUUCUGAUUUUGGCGAACACGAGAACCUGAUCAUUGCCUUGCUUUUUGUCAUAGAAGAGGGGGCACAGGUGGCAUUCUAGAAUUUCAGAAGAUUGGAGUGUAAAAAUUGAUUGGAGGUUUACCAUUAUUGCAAUCUCAAUUAAAUACUUAGCUUGAAAGCUCACUAUAAAAACAACUUUUUAUAUUUAUAAUUCUUCUGGAACUGCGGUGGCUGAUUUUCACCGCUGGUUAGGUUCAAUGCAAUCACUGUAUGAUACAUACAAUUCUUAAUAAAUUUCUCAGUGUUAAAAAUCUCAACAACAAAAAAAUAAAUAAAAACCUCUAGCCCAUUUUAUGUGAGUCCAAUAGUGAGCAAAUAUCUCUAUUAGAUUUCAACUGACACUUAAACUUUUGCUGUGUAGGUUACAAAGCUUAUAACCAAAGCAUAAUGUUCACCCCGUGAAGAUUCCAUUCCAGAUUUUAAUGGGUUGUAAAAGGACAACACCAGCUGAGAUCGGUGGUCAGGGGGACUUUGCAGACCUAGAAUCACACCAGCAUUAUCCGUUGAAGCAUUCAACUCAACCCCACAGUUGCUAGCACAAUAGACACGGCACACACACACACACACACACAAACUGGUCUUUGUGUGCACUUUUUUUGUGUCACUUAAAUUUUCAAGACUGGCACCUUUUCUAAAAAAAACUUUCACAAGGUGUGUUCUUACUACUGUGGUUUAAAACAAAAACAUUUUCUGUGUGUUACUAUGCUCUGCUAAUUUGUUAUUUCCUGAUUGAUUUACUGGGUUAAUUCUUGCUUUUAUUUUUUAGUCCUUUUUAAAAAAAAAACUGCCUACUGUUCAACCACCGAUUUUGUCGGUGCCUUACAUUUUUCUCAUUUUAUUUUUUGAGAACAUUAUUAUUAUUAUUAUUAUUAUUAUUAAAGACAACAUUGUGUCACCGUGUGUAAAUGUACUUCUACAGAUGUGAAUUAAUUUGUAAUAAUGUCUUAACAUGACAGUUUAUGAAAAAGAGGGUUUGUAUGUGAUAUCAUUGUUUUAAAACAGAAACACUUCUACCGUGA